CGGCGCCGGCAUUCGCGGCGGUCGCUGCAGCCGCCUCCGGAGCUGAGUCGGGCAGCUCGGUUCCUGGCUCCCUUCGUCGUCCCCUGUCGCCUUCACUGAAGAUGAGUCCCUGCGCGGCCGCGCGCUUUCCCAGCGGAGACCCCCGGCGCACCUUCAUCUAGCGACUGGUCACCCUCGCAAUUAUGGAGAUUUGAAAGGCUCAGACGGUGUGGAGGGGGAGCUCCCCUCCUCACUCCCCCUUGGUGCUUGACUCCAGGAAUAAUUUAUAAACUGGGAUUUUUUUUUUUUUUUUACAGAGAACUUGUAUUUGAUAUGAACUUUGUAGAACUAUUUAUAACUUUUUGAUUUAAGUGCCAAAAGAUUAUACAAAGAUAUAUAGUUUUAUAUAAUUGUUGUGACUAUUUAAAUAAUAACCCCAAAGGGUCAUAUCUUCUCAGUAAUUCUUCCUGAAUAAUAUCUGUGGGUCCCAUCUUUUUCAUUUUUAAAAUUUACUUCAGUGACUGUUGUGAAGGAGAAAGCAAUAUAAAAGUAAUUAGGAUGGAUUCUGCCGCCCCUGACUGCACAUCAAAAUGCCGAUCCCUGAAGCAUGCUUUGGAUGUCCUUUCUGUGGUGACAAAGGGGAGUGAGAACCAGAUCAAGGCCUUCCUCUCCAGUCACUGUCACAAUGCUGCAACUGUCAAGGAUGCCUUUGGCAGGAGUGCCCUGCACCUGGUCUCCUCCUGUGGGAAGAAGGGAGUGUUGGACUGGCUUAUUGACAAAGGAGUGGACUUGCUGGUGAAGGACAAGGAGUCAGGCUGGACAGCAUUGCACAGGAGCAUUUUUUAUGGACAUAUUGAUUGCGCUUGGUCUCUGUUGAAGCAUGGUGUUAGCUUGUAUGUGCAAGAUAAAGAAGGAUUGUCACCUUUGGAUCUUCUAAUGAAGGACAGGCCAAACCACGUUGUGUUUAAGAACACUGAUCCCACAGAAGUCUAUACUUGGGGUGACAACACAAACUUUACUCUGGGCCAUGGAACCCAGAACAGCAAACAUCACCCGGAGCUGGUGGACCUGUUCUCAAGGAGUGGGGUUUAUGUCAAGCAGGUGGUACUUUGCAAAUUUCACUCAGUGUUUCUGUCCCAGAAAGGGCAGGUUUACACCUGUGGGCAUGGUCGUGGUGGACGGUUAGGCCAUGGAGAUGAACAGACAUGCCUGGUUCCCAGGCUUGUGGAAGGAUUGAUUGGUCACAAUUGUUCCCAAGUAGCAGCUGCCAAGGAUCACACAGUUGUGUUAACUGAAGAUGGAUUUGUUUAUACAUUUGGUCUCAACAUUUUUCACCAACUAGGAAUUAUUCCCCCACCUUCUAGCUGUAAUGUACCAAGACAGGUACAGGCAAAAUACCUGAAAGGAAAGACUGUAAUUGGAGUAGCAGCCGGCAGGUUUCACACAGUGCUGUGGACUCGAGAAGCCGUUUACACACUGGGACUCAAUGGUGGACAACUGGGUCACUUACUGGAUCCCAAUGGAGAAAAGUGUGUCACUACCCCUCGUCAAGUGUCUGCCCUUCAUCAUAAGGAUAUUACAGUGUCUUUGGUAGCUGCAAGUGAUGGUGCCACCGUCUGUGUUACCACAAGAGGAGACAUUUACUUACUUGCAGACUAUCAAUGCAAGAAGAUGGCAACUAAACAACUAAACUUGAAAAAGGUUCUUGUAUCUGGAGGUUGUAUGGAAUACAAGGUUGAUCCUGAACAUUUGACAGAAAAUGGGGGUCAGAAAAUAUGCAUCCUUGCUAUGGAUGGAGCUGGAAGGGUGUUUUGCUGGAGAUCACUUAGCAGUUCUCUGAAGCAAUGCCGAUGGGCCUGUUCACGCCAGGUGUCAAUCUCCGAUAUUGCUUUAAAUAGAAAUGAAAUUCUGUUUGUCACACAGGAUGGGGAAGGAUUUAAAGGGAAAUGGUUUGAAGACAAAAGAAAGACUUCUGAAAAGAAAGCAGACAUUUUACCAAACCUACAUCAUUCCUCAUCAGAUGUGUCUUGUGUCUCUGAUACAAAUAGUGUGUAUGAAAGAAUUCGACUUGAGAAACUUCCUUUUGCCCAUAGAGCUGUUAGUGUCAGCACAGAUGCAAGUGGGUGCAACUUUGCAAUCCUACAGUCAGACCCUAAAACAAGCCUUUAUGAAAUUCCAGUUGUGUCUUCAUCAUCCUUUUUUGAAGAAUUUGGCAAGCUCCUGAGGGAAACAGAUGAAAUGGACAACAUCCACGAUGUGACAUUUCAAGUGGGCAACAGACUCUUCCCUGCUCAUAAAUACGUGUUAGCGGUGCGCUCUGACUUCUUCCAGAAGUUGUUUCUUUCAGAUGGUACUCCUUCAGAACUGACAGAUGUGUACAGGAAAGACGAGGACGCUGCAGGGUGCCAUCUCUUUGUGGUGGAGAAAGUCCAUCCCGACUUGUUCGAGUAUCUCUUACAGUUCAUGUAUACAGACACUUGUGACUUCCUAACUCAUGGUUUCAAACCAAGAAUACUCGUGAACAAAAAGCCAGAAGACUCUAAGGGCUCCUCAGAUUCUCAUAUGAAUAACAUGAAUUGCCACGCGGAUGAUAACCAGAAGGCAGCAUAUGAGGUUUACAAAAGCAACCAAGCUCAUGCAAUUAGUGAAAGGCAGAAAAGCAAACACAAAUCUUCCAAAAAGGGAAAAGGUGUUGGAGAAGAUGAUCCUGUAAGAAUGUUGCAAAAUGUUGCAAAGAAAUUUGGCCUCAGUAACUUGAGUAGCAGGUUAGAUGGAGUCAGAUUUGAAAAUGAAAAAAUUAAUGUUAUUGCGAAGAAAACUGGUAAUAAACUGAAGCUAAGUCAGAAAAAAUGUUCAUUUCUGUAUGAUGUUACCAUGAAGUCCGUGGAUGGAAAGGAAUUCCCCUGCCAUAAAUGUGUGCUCUGUGCAAGACUCGAGUAUUUCCACAGCAUGCUGAGCAGCUCCUGGAUUGAGGCCUCCAGUUGUGCGGCUCUGGAGAUGCCAAUACAGUCUGAGAUCCUGAAAGUUCUUUUGGACUACCUCUAUACUGAUGAAGCUGUGGUGAUAAAAGAGUCUCAAAAUGUGGACUUUAUUUGUAGUGUUCUUGUGGUGGCCGAUCAGCUUCUCAUAACUAGAUUAAAGGAGGUUUGUGAAGGAGCAUUGACUGAAAAACUUACCCUUAAGAAUGCUGCUAUGCUGCUGGAGUUUGCAGCCAUGUACAAUGCUGAACAGUUGAGACAGUCUUGUUUACAGUUCAUAGGGUUGAAUAUGGCGGCCUUACUUGAAGCAAGGUCCCUUGAUGUUUUAAGUGAGGAUGUUUUGAAGGAUCUUUCCAUAUUUUACAGAAAAAUGAUUCCAGCAAUGGAGAGAAGAGUCAUUACACCAUAUCAAGAUGGACCAGAUAUUAGCUACAUGCAAGUAGAAGAUGGAGAUGUCUUUUUCAAAGAAGAAAUAAAUAUGGAACCAAAUUACUCGGAAAGUAUGUUCAAGAAGGCAAAAACAAGAGCUAAAAAGAAGCCACGGAAGCGCUCCGACAGUUCUGGAGGAUACAACCUUUCAGAUGUCAUCCAGAGUCCACCAUCUGCAGGGUUAUUAAAGUCUGGUAAGACCAAUUCUGUGGAGUCUCUUCCAGAGCUGUUGACCUCAGACUCUGAAGGAAGCUAUGCAGGAGUGGGUAGUCCCAGAGACGUACAGUCGCCUGAUUUUACAGCAGGGUUCCAUUCGGAUAAGGGGAAAGCCAAACCGUAUGUGAAUGGUACACCUCCUCCAUGUGCUAGGGAAGAUUUCAAACCGUGGGAAAAGUCACCAACAUCUAAAUCUGCUCCCCAGUUUAUUCCCAGGAACAGAGUCGACACUGCAGGCUCUUCCAGUUGGGUUGCUGGCUCUUUGAGUCCUGCAAGUCCUCCUGUCGUGGAUUUUAGAGCCAUCAUGGAAACAGAAGAAAGUAGACAAAAAUAUGGCGCAGCACCAAAGACAAACAUUGGAAAAAUUAUUUCUCAUGGAGUCAAACUUUCUCAGAAGCAACGGAAAAUGAUUGCAUUGACAACCAAAGAAAACAAUUCAGGAACAAACAGCAUGGAACCAGUUCUAACAGCUCCUUCGAAGUCCCCUAAGCCAGCGAAUGCAUGGGCUUCUCUGCACUCACCUUCCUCCAAGUCAUUCCGGGAUUUUUUACUAGGAGAAAAAAAACUUGUUACUGGCCAUGGUUCAGUAGAUCAUGUCAAAAAAGUUGGAAUUGAAAAUUCUCAGGCCCUAAAUAUUGUAAGAUGUUCACCUCAUGGAACACCAAAACUAGAAAGCAAUCAUGUUUCUGAUUUUCCACUACUGGAGAGUCCCAAUCCCUGGCUGUCUUCCUCACUGGCUGUUUCGACCACAGUCGCUCCUGUCACUUUUGCAUCUAUUGUAGAAGAAGAGCGGCAGCAAGAAGCUGCACUCAUCAGAAGUCGGGAGAAACCCUUGGCUCUCAUUCAGGUUGAGGAACAUGCAAUACAAGAGCUGCUGGUUUUCUAUGAGGCGUUUGGCAACCCUGAUGAAUUUGUCGUCGUUGAGAGGACGCCGCAGGGGCCGCUAGCAGUGCCCAUGUGGAACAAGCAUGGCUGCUAGCUCGCUGCACAGACAACUCUGCUCCCGAGGUUGUGCUUGCUACACUGACUGGAAGAAAAACCCUUCAUACAUAUUUGCUGGCACGUUGUUUUAGUCAGAAUAAAAGUGGAUAUGAUUUCUUCCUGUAGUUUAUAAUGUUUGUAUGACUAAUGAGAAAUUUUUCAAAAUUGUGAUUUUAGUAACUUUUAUGUGAUGAUGGGACAGGAAAUAUGUUAGGCUAAGGUUGGGUUGGUUGGAUUGUUUCUUCUAAGUUACCUUACAAUUGAAAAUAUGGGAGAAUUAUAAAGUUUAAGAAUGAUUCAUUAAGGCUUUUUUUCAUUUGAGAAUAUGGAGUAAUUUAGAAGAGUUUACCACAUGUGUUUUUAGAUAAGACACUGAUGAGAUUAAGGUAGGAGCCUCAGUCAUGACUUCUGAUCCACUAAUGGCCAGAAUGUACUCUUUGCCAUAGUAGAAUGUCUGUUGUUGCCUUUUCAUUGGGCUGUUAAUGUCUUAGGCCUCUUUAAAGUUGGACCUGGUGAAAUGCUAUGUUCUUCCUAAUUGUUCUGAACAGGUUAGUCAGCAAUCAUAGCUUCUAUGGGAGAUUUGGAUUCAUGAAUUUUUGGGGGGGUGGGAAGGUAGCAAGAGAGGUUAUAUGAAUGACUAAUUGUGAAAGAAUCAGUUUCUUAAAGUGUUAAGAUUUUCUAAAACAGACAUAGGAUUACUGAAUAGUUUGUUCAAGUGGUUGUUUAUAGUUACUUUUUAGUACUGUGUAAUCAGAAGUUCUGUGAGCCUAGAUUAUAUGUGUACAUGUGAAUUUUGAUUUCUUCAUAGUAUGCUAUUUGGUUUGAUUUUGAAUGUUUACAAUUCAAAGGAAAACAAUGUUAAAAUGUGUGCUUUGUUAUGUAGAUAAAAUGAGAAUGUCAAUGCCUAAAUUCUGGGAAAGAAUCCCUGGGAAUAUGUAGGCAGUUCAUUGCUUGACUUCAGUUGAUGGGAAAUUGACUGAAGCUAACUCAGUGUUUCAGUUCAGUUCCACCCACAAGCAGCAGAUGUGUAAGCAAACAUGCAAUAAAAAGUAAUCUUGAUCCACUUCA